GUGCGGCGGCGGCCCCAAGAUGGUGGACGCAGUGCGGCGGCGGCCCCUCCCCCCGUUUUCUGAGGAAGGUCCCGGCCACUGGGGAGCCCGGCAGCGCCCGCCGCCCUUGGGUGGCGGGCUGAGGGCAGCCGAUGGGAGCCCCCGCCAGGCUUCUCCACCCCCACUUCGGACAGGUCGGAUGGUCCUCCGGGCACUCCGUGCACGCAGCGGGCAGGCCAUUCCAGGGAAGGGUCGAUCCCCCCAGCCUGCCUCUCCCCGGUGGCGCAUCGCUCCGGCUCCGCCGAGGGGCCGCUGCUGGGCUCCUUCCGUCCGGCCCCUGACACCCCUCCACGCUCCGGCAGCCGAGGCUCAGGAAGGAGUGAAGACGGAGAAUGACCACAUCAACCUGAAGGUGGCGGGCCAGGACGGCUCGGUGGUGCAGUUCAAGAUCAAGCGGCACACGCCGCUCAACAAGCUCAUGAAGGCCUACUGCGAGCGGCAGGGCUUGUCCAUGAGACAGAUCCGCUUCCGGUUCGAUGGACAGCCGAUCAACGAGACCGACACCCCCGCACAGCUGGAGAUGGAGGACGAAGACACCAUCGACGUGUUCCAGCAGCAGACCGGGGGCGCGUGUUAGGCGGGGCCGCCCCUCCCCCAGCCCCCGGCCCGGCCUCUCCUCUCUGACUCCCCCGGCGGCCCCCGGCUUUGGGCCCGUGUGGAAUGUUCUCUUUGUCGAAGUAAAAGCUCCUGCUUGUCUGUCCUCGCACCUCCUCCUUCUGGCCCCGCCCCGCCUGCCCCGCCCCGCCCCGCCUGCCCCGCCCCGCCCCGCCUGCCCCGCCCCGCCCCGCCUGUGCUGCUCCCCGACUGCCUCGUCUAAUCAUGUAAAUACUCCAGUCCAGUUCCCGCCAGCAGGGGGCGGGGCCCUGUCAGCUUAAUCAGGAUUGUGUGCGCUGAUCCGCCGCGGGGCGGGAGACUCCCUCCCUCUCCGGAGCCCCAGGACCAGGGACUCCCCGCAGGUGGCCCCCGCCCCGCCCCCGCCCCCUCCCGCCCGUCUGUGGGACCAAGAUGGGCCCGCCGUGCGGGGAAGCGGCCUCCUGGGCCCUUCUCGAUCCCGAGGCGCCCCCGCUUGCGUGAGCCUGCCUGCCGAGGAGGCCGACCCGUUCCUGUGGCGUUUCAGUGUCUGUGGGCUGGGGUGGGAGCCCUCAUUUGUACGUCCUCGUCGUCCUUUACUACUGUACACAGUAAAUCUAGUUUGGUACUCUG